CGCCGGCUCCUCCCCCUUUCCCCCCUCGCGCCGCCUAGCCAAUGGGAGCCGGCCGAGAGAACGGCCGCCGCUCGAGCACACGCUGUUGGCUGCUUUCGCCGGCGCUCGCGCCCGCCAGCCCUGUGAGGGGAGACGGAGCGACAAGCGUCGGUUGUUGCCUGGUUGGGCUGGCUGGCCGGCGCGGCGGCAUUGGAGGCCUGAGGGAGCCUGGCGGCAGCCGGUGGAGGCAUCGCGGAGAGACGCCGAGUGCGGCUUGGCUGCUGUUGCGCGAGAACUUUUAUACCUGUCAAGAAGGCUGAACUAUUUCACAAUGGACAUAGACGAUGAAGAAAACAUGAGUUCAGGCAGCACUGAUGUUAAAGAGAACCGCAACAUGGACAACCUUUCAUCUAAAGAUGGGAGUGUGCAAGGCACCGGGGAGGGAAAUCAGCUCUCCAAUGGUGGUGGCACGGGCAGCAGAAAGAGACUGUUGGAAGAGGGCAACAAUGGCCACUCCAAGUUCCGUCCAAAGAAGAGGAAGAAAACGCCAGGGCCUGUCUUGCCCAAAAACGCCCUGAUGCAGCUGAAUGAAAUCAAGCCUGGCUUACAGUAUAAGCUUCUCUCCCAAACAGGACCGGUUCAUGCCCCCAUAUUUGUGAUGGCAGUAGAAGUUAAUGGGCAAGUUUUUGAAGGUUCCGGCCCUACCAAAAAGAAAGCAAAGCUUCAUGCAGCAGAAAGAGCUUUGAGAUCCUUUGUUCAGUUUCCCAAUGCCUCCGAAGCGCAUCUCGCAAUGGGGAGGACUCUUUCGUUAAAUACAGACUUCACCUCUGACCAGUCUGAUUUCCCAGAUACACUUUUUAACGGGUUUGAAAAUCCAGCCCAGUCAGAUCAUUCCUUUUGCUUGGAUUCCAACGGCGAUGGUUCCUUCAGCUCCAGCGCAGACUACAAUAUGUCGUCUACUGUGACUAGCAGUAUUAUCCAGGUGUCAUCUCUUCCUACUCCAUCACCAUAUCCAUCAACCAGUGGGAAGAACCCAGUUAUGAUCCUGAACGAACUUCGACCAGGGUUGAAAUACGAUUUUCUUUCAGAAAGUGGAGAAAGCCAUGCUAAGAAUUUUGUGAUGGCUGUGUCAGUGGAUGGCCAAACAUUUGAAGGGUCUGGAAGGAACAAAAAACUUGCAAAAGCUCGGGCGGCUCAGUCAGCUCUUGUGUCCUUGUUUAACAUGCAGCUGGAUCAGACCCCGUCUCACCAGCCCAUUCCCAGCGAGGGUCUUCAGUUACACCUGCCACAGGUUUUAGCUGAUGCUGUUGCGCGCUUGGUGGUAGAUAAGUUCAGUGAAUUGACUGAUAAUUUUACAUCACCCCAUGCACGUAGGAAAGUUCUUGCCGGAGUUGUCAUGACGACAGGUUGCGAUGUGAAAGACGCUCAGGUUAUAAGUGUUUCCACAGGAACAAAGUGCAUUAAUGGAGAAUAUAUGAGUGAUCGUGGUCUUGCGUUGAAUGAUUGCCAUGCAGAAAUUAUAGCUCGCAGGUGCCUGCUUAAAUUUCUCUAUAUGCAACUUGAACUGCUAUUGAGUAUUAAGGAAGAUCAACAGAAAUCUAUUUUUAUCAAGUCAGAACAAGGUGGGUUUAAAUUGAAAGAAAAUGUGCAGUUUCAUCUCUACAUCAGCACCUCUCCUUGUGGUGAUGCUCGAAUUUUCUCACCUCAUGAGGCAGCACAAGAAGAUCAGGGAGACAGACAUCCAAACCGGAAAGCAAGAGGGCAGCUACGGACAAAAAUUGAAUCUGGGGAAGGAACAAUUCCUGUCCGAUCCACAACUACAAUCCAGACGUGGGAUGGAGUAUUGCAGGGAGAGCGAUUGCUCACAAUGUCGUGUAGUGAUAAGAUAGCUAGGUGGAAUGUGCUUGGUAUUCAGGGGGCACUGCUUAGCCUCAUUGUGGAGCCCAUUUACUUCUCCAGCAUCAUCUUAGGAAGCUUAUACCAUGGAGAUCAUCUGUCCAGGGCAGUAUACCAGCGAAUAGCAGAGAUAGAGGACUUACCUCCGCUCUACAUUCUUAACAGACCUUUACUCAGCGGUAUCAGCAACGCUGAAGCCCGUCAACCAGGAAAAGCACCUAAUUUCAGUAUAAACUGGACUGUAGGAGAUGCUGGUCUUGAAGUUAUUAACGCUACAACAGGCAAGGACGAGAUGGGCCGCGCAUCCCGUCUCUGCAAGCAUGCUCUGUACAGUCGCUGGAUGCGCAUUCAUGCAAAGCUUUCUUCCAGCCUUCGCUCAAAAGUCACCAAACCGAACCUGUACUACGAAACCAAGCAGGUAGCUUCGGAAUACCAGCGCGCCAAAGAAUGUUUGUUCAAAGCGUUUUCAAAGGCUGGGCUCGGAGCCUGGGUGGAGAAACCAAUAGAACAGGAUCAGUUCUCCCUCACAGUCUGACCCGUGGAUUUCUACUUCGCUUGCAAUAGGGGCUACGGUGGAUACAUCCCAGCAUCAUUGCAUUUGAUUCAGCUAUCAUGGCAGCUUUUAAAUUUUUGGUUUCUAAAGAACUAAUUUGUGAUCAGGUUUUGGGGGUUUUUUUUGCUGAAGUAUUAAAAGUAAACUGGUAAUACGAUUACUAGUUUAGAAGUUUAAAAAUGUUCUCAAGAUCUGGCGUCAGAAAAAAAAUUACUGUGCGGCUCUCUUAAAAUGACUCAUCCGGACAGUUUAGAAAUUAUUUUAAAUGCAUUGCAGCCGAGUGCAUGGAAUAAUGUAAUUCCUGUGGAGCUCUACAGUACACCUCUGAGUAUGUGGUUGAAUGUCUGUGUCCUUUUAGAGCCUAAUAAUUUAUGUGCUUCUAGAUUAUUUUUGAAUUGUCAAAACUCAUAAAACCAAGCUGGAGUUUGGAAUAGCUAGGGUUAUUUUCCUGCCUCCUUGCUUUUUAAAAACCAGCUGCUGCACACUUUUGUGUCCUUGAUGUAUGUAUUUAUUAGCCUGUGAUCCAAAUUUUUUAACAUGCCACUUUUUAAUUGUUUUUAAAAUACUUGUCUUUGCUUCCCAUUUACACACGCAUUGUGAAGUUGGGUUUUUUUUUUUUACCAUUGUAAACUGGAAACAAAAAAAAUAUAUUUGUAAGCUAAUGCGUUUCAGAUUUUAAUGUAAAAAAAAAACAAAAGCAAAAAACAGAAGUAGAUGGUUUGUGUUUCACAGGAACUCCGUGGAGUACCACGAUUAAUAUUACCAGUGACGUGGCAACAACACUUGUUUGUGAGGAAAUAUGCUGCCUUGCCAAAAAAAAACCCCAAAACCGAAUAGUGCACGAACUCCACAAGUUAUUAAGGGAAUGAGAGGUUAAUGUGAGGACAAAAGAAUUUUUUUAACACUGCUUUUGUGUGCUGUUCAGAGUCCUAACUUGUUUUUUGGCCAAAGCAUCCUCGAAGUUACAGUUGCUUUUUUUUUUUUUAAACAUAAGAAAAUAUAAAAUUCUUCCCAAAUAAGUUUAGCUUUGUUUGACCAAUCUUGUUUUUUCCCCUUUUCUGCUAAUAUGUUUUAGGAUGAGUAUAAAGUAUCUGUUCCAUACGUAUGUUUGUACAAGUCCAGUUCACUGAAGGACUGCAGGACUGACCAAGGGGGUCAGCGCCCACGCUGAGCACAAGGGGGCCACCUCUCUGCAGGAAGUCCUCCCGCGAAGUCCCCGCUGAUGGCUCGCACUACUUGUCCAGCUGGCUGCCUAGAGGCUCGUCCUAACUUUCAGCUCUGUAGUUAGCUACUCCCUGAAGCCAGCAGCCCCCACGGAAGACAAGACCCCUCAGAAAGUCUCCCCUUUAACACGCCUCCGUCCGGUAAGAACACAGCAGGGUGUCUCAAGCCCGGGAGGCUUCGAACCACACAAGCAGUGAGGCGGAUGCCUUCCUAGGUGGGCCCUCCUUAGCAUGACUGACCCUGCCACUAGGCAAACUAGGCGAUUGCCUAGGGUGCUGGCCUUUGGAGGCCGCUGAAUUGUGUGUCCCCCCCCCCAUGAGACUCAGUGACGUUAUCAGUGCAGGGGUGGUGGUGCCAGAAGUCGGCUUUGCCUAGGGUGUCAGGCAGGCUGGGCCCGGCCCUGCUGCUUAGAGGUACUAGAUAUAUAUAAGAAAUAUUGCAGAAGAAGUUGUUUCUGUAAAUAGUCUCUGUAUAUAAAAAAGACAGCAUUCGUAACAAUCACAGUAGGAAACUCGGGCCUGAUCUGGUCAGCAAAGCAUGCCUGGCAGGUUCAGUAGUUCCGCUCAUCUGCUUACAAUUUAAUAACGCUUAGCACAGUUUGCUAAACCAGUGCCAGAAAUCAGAGUCGUACUAGUCACGAUAUCACACAUUCUCUUGGCCUCCGCGUGAUGUGACAGUCGAAGGUUAUCACAUCAGCUACAAGUAUUUUUAAAGGUGUUAAUGUGAUUCUAUGUAGUAGAUUUAAUGGUAACUAGUUCCUCACCUCCAGACAUUGUCCGGGCACUCCCGCCUCCAUAGUGGUGUAGCAACAGUUGCAAAAAAACUCCCAGGCUGAGGUGGUUGUGCCUGCUGGUGGGAGCCCCCCAUCCUGUCCAGUGGCACCCACCUUUGUUUAAAAGGGGGGAAGUCGGUGUAUGUUUUUAAAAAACAAUAUGACUCAACGGCAUGACAGCAAUAUGUUAAUAUAGCCUUUAAUAGAAAAAAAACAGAGUUUUAUUAUAUGAAAGCAAAUAAUAUAUAUAUGAUAUUUUAAAACAUUUACUGAGCAACUGUCUCGCAGUGCUGUGGUUUGAACUGGAGAUGAACAUAUCCACACACAUAAAGUAGGUCAUCCCAAGUAGUUCCACUCAGUCCAGUUGAUCAGGAGCAUAGCAUGGACAACUGUAAAGCCAACUAGGUUGCAUACAGGGUUGUCAGUCCCCGCAACUGGAAGUUCUGGAAGCUGGGCAGGUCCUAGCAGCAAAUCUCUCUGACUCACAACACGGAUCCCAGAGUCGCCCUAGAAUGGAGAGGGUGGGAUGGAACCUAGGGGUUUUUCAUAAUUGGCCUUUGGACUGGGAAAAAUAAAAAGAACCCACUGAAGGGGAAAAUGAAGAGCUGCCCUUGGGUAACUGAUUUGAAAGAGCACCCCCCUUCCCGGUUAAAAACUCCCCAGAAUGUAGCAGCAAGAAAAUAUAGCCGGCUCAUUUGUUUCUUGUGAUCGACUGGCAACCCUAAUUGUGGACCUUCAAAUUGUUGGUUUAAAAGGCACAACUUUAAAAUGGAUAAUAUAUUGUGAAGUCUUCAUAUUUAGUACAAUUCAUAGCUUGAAACAGAACCUGCUUUUCAGCUGUCUCUGCUUCUUCAAAAGCGUGCUGGAAGAUCUUCCUUACACCUGAGCUCGUUGGAAACUUUCACACCAGAUCUGCAUUAGACAGCAGUCAUUUCUGUGAAGGCACGAUGCUGUAUGCGUGAGGUAAUUUUUAAUCAGUGUGCACAGUAUACUUCCUUGACUAGUAAAACACUAGAACUUGAGCUCCAGGAAAGAAAGAAUACAGUGGAGAGGAAGAAGUGUGGUGGAAAGUUCCUUGAUCGGGAAACUUACCGUACCUAACACCAGCACAAAUUGGCCAGGAUUCCUGGUGCUAUACCUAAGUUGCAUUUUCUAUUCUUUGUGACCAGCAGGGCAACAACUCUGUACCCAGCUAUAAAGAACAGGUGCUUCCCCAUGCUAGGUAGGAAAGGCAGAGCUGCUUUCCCAUCUCUUCCCAACUCAGCCAGCCCAUUUCCUCACAGAGCAAAGACUCCUGGAGUAUUAGAAAUAACAUGGUCGAUGUUGCCGUAUAACUGCAAUGCAGAGUUAUUUUUAUUUUGCCAUACGAGGGAAGUUCUUCAGGUUUUGCCGUCUCUGCAGUCGAAGCACAAUCUGCUGUGGAAAAAUCUGAUAUCUUUUAAGAAGGACGGGGAGGGGGAAGGAUAUAUUGUGAUGAGAACUCAAAAUAUUUAAAGCAGGUCCACCAAUAAAAUGGACACAAACAUCA